AUGGUAUUGCUUAGCGAUGGUAAGGGUCGAGGACAAUCAGCUCGACUUCAACUAACUAAAGAUUCGCUAACUGUUCAAGUAAUUGCCGGUUCAUUUUAUCCGGAAGAUUUAAAUGAGACGGCUCCAGAAUCAGAUACUGGAAUCAGAAUUGUGAAAUUGCAAAAGAAGAAAGAUGGAGGAUUGGGACUCUCCAUUAAGGGUGGAAUGGAUGGAAAUCAACAAGUUCCAGUUGUUAUAUCGAAAAUAUUUCCUAAUAUGCCAGCCGAAGAAAGCGGUUUAUUAUACGUUGGUGAUGUAAUAGCGGAGGUAAAUAACCAAAUCGUCGAUGGAAAGACGCAUGAUGAAGUGGUGCAAAUGUUAAGAGAUGCCGGAGAUGAAGUUGUGCUUAGUGUACGACAUUACACCUAUAUCGCACCACCAGCUGAUUCUUUACGCCUAAAAAGUAAAAGUUCAUUGAAUCGAUUAUAUGAGCCAAAUAUUUGGAAAAGUGCAUUAAAAUCACAAUCAACUAAUAUAUUAAAUAAAAAUGAUAAGCUUGGUGAUAACGAUGAGAUGAUGGAUGAGGCACCUGAAGGCUGGCGAACAUUAAUCAAAAUACCUCUACCAAUGGCGUUUAUUACGCGAUAUCUAUGGGGUACCGAUAAAAUUCGAAAUAAUGCAUUCGAAGUUCGAGCAGUUGACGGUGCAUCGACUGGAAUUAUUCAUUGCGAAGAUAAAGGUACACUGGAUCAGUGGAUUAAACAUAUACAGAAUCAUAUUACUCAACUCAAUCAAAAGUCAAUAAAUCUUUCAAAUAAAUACCUUCAUAAAAAUGAACAGAUAAUCUAUAUAGGAUGGGUGAGCGAACGCCUUCCAGAGGAACAUUUUGAGGAUCCUCGACAGCGUUGGGAACCACGCUUUAUAAUACUCAAAGGCGGCGAACUGUGCAUAUUUGAAUCACCUCCACUCAAUUCCAAUGAUCUAAACAAAUGUGUAUCGCUUUAUAAGAUCUACGACACAGCGUUUAAAAUAAUAGGAAAAGGCAAAUCUGGAUUAGAUAAACGAGACCAUUGCUUCUGGAUUGAAACUUCGUUGAACGGAAUCAAACAUUAUUUAUCCACUGAGACUCAUCAACAAUUCUCGCAAUUCGAAAAUGCCUAUCAUCGAUGUUUAUAUUCAACUGUCAAUAAUUUACAAACGAGAACAUUUGCUUGCAAUUACGAAGGAAGACCAUGUGGUCUCGUUAUCGAUAUUAAGCAAGGAAUCAGCCUUUACGAUAUUCCCACAAAAAGAUAUACAUGGCAGUACAGAUUUAUGGACUUAGAUUCAUCAUCUGAUGACGGCAAAAUUCGCCUUCGUUUAGCUUUUUGUAAUGAACGUGGGAAAAACAAUGAGAAUGGACUUCAAAUUAAGGAUAUCGACAGUGAUGAAGUUCUUUCCAUUGUCUACACGAUGCAUGCAUUUUAUAUCACGAAAAUUAUUGCAAGUGAUCCCGAAUAUCUGAAAACAAUUCCUCUCACAUAG